UCGAUGGAAAACUUCCGAAACCCUAACUUUCCAUUAGUGGCUGAAAUUUUACAGUGGCUUAUGAUUAGAUUUGAUCCAUCGAUUGAGAUAUUUGGAGACAUUGACACAGAACAGGAUCGGGUCAUCUUUAUUAGAUCCUGUGCUCAGACAAUGGCAACAAAGGCUCAAAUUAAUUUAAACACAAAAAAGUUGUAUAUGUCUGACGGACACGCAGUUCAAGAACUUCUUAAAAUAUCGCAACUUUUAUACGAAGCGUCCAAACAAUCGGAUCCAACAAAUACUGAAGAAAGCGAUACAACAGAUAAUGUGUUGUCUGAAUCAACAAUACAUUCAAAAUUGAAUGAACUCAAAGUGUCCCGUCAGUUGACAUCAGAGAUCACCCAAAGGGGCGCCAAUUUGUAUGACUUACUCGCACAGGAAAUUCAAAUCAGAGAACAAAGGGCAUCAGUGAUGGCCCGACAGCUGGAAAUUCCCGAAAUUGAGAGAAGUAUUAGAGAAUCGAUUCGUGAUCUUCAGAAUGAGAUCGAGAAUAUAAACUAUAAGAUCGAUAACGUGGCCGCAGAUGAGGCCAAUCUAGACGUCAAGAUUGAGAGGAAAAAAGCAGAAUUAGAUAGAAAUCAAAAGAGAUUACAAACCCUUCGUUCCGUUCGUCCGGCGUUUAUGGAUGAAUACGAGAAACUGGAGGAAGAGUUGGCCUCCAUUUACGAGCUCUAUAUAACUAAGUUUAGAUGCCUUUCCUUUUUGGAGCAACAGUUAGAGGAAAUUGAAGAAACAGAACUUCAAAAGAUUCACGUCUUUAUAAAUAAUCACUUGAUAUUAGAGUUAUUUUUAACAGAAUUUCUGUAUCGACAGCAAAGAGAGGAGCAAAUCAAGCAAAUGGUGGAUCAGAUGAAACAGGAGGAGCUGUUGAGGACAGAGACAGAGACCGGCGCUGCGGAUGACAUACUCGAUGGCAACGACGACGAGGGCAGCGAUGAGAUCGACGAUAAUUUGGGUCCGGAAAAGGAGAAGACGAGACGACCCAUGAAUACCGUGACUCUCAAUAAGAGUCGAGACGCCACAACUGGAAGGGUUCGCAUGUUUGGGUCGCUUCUGGAUGAGGAGAAAGACGAUAGUCUGGACUCGGAUUUAGAUUUGGAUGAAGACGACGAUGCGUCAGAUCUGGACAGUGAGGAUGAGAUGGAAAUUAUGAAUCUGACAAACAAUCGCAAACCAGAGCCCAAAAAGCCUAACGAAGACACACAGAAACCAAAUAAUAAUCCCAACGAUAGUGACAAUGAUUUCUAA